UGCGCUUAUUUGCGCUUACCAGCCCAUCUCAUACAUCUUCUCUUCCUACUAGUCCUUCUCGGGCGUCGCCACCGUAAACCCCACCAAGAAACCCAACCGCCGUCGGCAGCUCGCCGGAGACUCGAUAGCCCCGCCCCGCCCUGCUUGCCACCCAUGGCUUCCCGCCGCGCCCUCCAUCUUCUGACGGCUUCUCGAGGCAUCUCCUCAACCCCACAUCUCGCCUCCCUCGGGUGGAUCGACAAGAUCAAGAGCACCUUCAUCGGCAAGAAGCCCGACGACUCACCCUUCCCCCCUUCCUCCUCCUUCACCCUCCAAAAGUUUGCGGAUUCGAUGGAUAUGGCGAAGAAGGUGGGAACUUUCAAAAACUACGUGUCCGGGCGAGCCGGAGAAGCCACUGUUGCCGCCGCCUUCGAGAAGCACUCUGCCGUCCUCCGCUACCUCGCCACCAUCGACCCCACCGGCGAGAAACUCAAAAGCAGUGACAAGAUUAGUGCCACCAAGCACUGCAACUGCACGAUUGCUGAUGUGGAGCACAUACUGGCCAAGUACACAUGGGCUAAAGAGGCCCAGAAGAAAAUUGAAAAGCUCAAGGAAGAGGGGAAGCCAAUGCCAAAGUCGUUUAGUGAGGUGCAAAAUCUAAUGGGUAAUACACCAUUGGACAUUGGACGAUCUAAUCUGGAAAAGAGUGGUCAGAUAAGUAGGAAUGCUCUCUGCCCAUGUGGUUCUAAGAAACGAUAUAAAAGGUGUUGUGGAGCUUCUUGAUGUGAAAACCCACUUUGCUUGCUUUGCUGACCUGGGCCAUUUUGCCUUGUCAUGAUCAAGAAAAGCUCGUUGCAAUUCUCAUACUGGCCAACAAGCCUGCCUCAGUGACAGCAAUCCUCCACAUUGUCUUGUUGUUCCAAACCUGCAGUGAAACUUGUAAAGCUUAAUCGGGCUCUGCAUUACUUGCCUAAUUUUUGCAAUGUCCACGCUGGCUUCUGCUAACUUUUUGUUUGUUUAUCAUUCAAGCUUGAGUAAGUUUUCAGCCUUUCCGUUGCUCAGCUUCUGAAGUUCUAUGUACAUUGACGUUACGGGAGGGUUUUCACAUUUUGUCAAUUUAAAACUUUCCUGCGGGAAGCACUGCCUUCUGUUCU